AUGUGCAACUCCUGUUGUGGAUCCUGCUGUUCCGGGCAGGGCUGUGGCUGCUGCCAGCCCAGGUGCUGCCAGACCACCUGCUGCAGGACCACCUGCUGCCGCCCCAGCUGCUGCUGCAGCUCCUGCUGUCGGCCCAUCUGCUGUAGGACCACCUGCUGCAGGACCACCUGCUGCCAACCCAGCUGCUGCUGCAGCCCCUGCUGUGGUGGUUGCGGUGGCUGUGGUGGCUCCAGUGGCUGUGGUGGGUGCGGUGGCUGUGGUGGCUCCAGUGGCUGCGGCUCCUGCUGCUGUCGCCCCACCUGCUGCCAGACCACCUGCUGCAGGACCACCUGCUGCCGCCCAGCCUGCUGUCGGCCCAUCUGCUGUAGGACCAUCUGCUGCAGGACCACCUGCUGCAGCCCCAGCUGCUGCUUGCUGGGCUCCUGCUGCUGUCACCCCACCUGCUGCCAGACCACCUGCUGCAGGACCACCUGCUGCCGCCCCAGCUGCUGUGGCUCCUGCUGA